AUGACAAUCGUGUUGGUUUGCGCGUUGCUGAUCAGUCAGCACGUAGGAGCGGUGGUGAACAAGGCAUUGCCGCAAGCAUCGUCCAAUGAAAAUGUUGAGGAAAAAAAAAAUGAGAUUAAAGCCAGCGAAAGGAUAAGCAACUCUUAUGGACCACCCGCCGACGACUACGGACCACCGAUUGUAUCGGUGAAUGGUGGUUUCAAUGGGCCAGCACCCGUCUACGGACCACCGUUAAACAUUAAACCUCAUUACGGGCCACCGAAACAAACUUUUGGCCCACCAAAGCUUCACUUUGCUUCGCUAAAACAGCACUUCGGACCGCCGCUGCUUUCCUUCCCUUCGUUUAGACCACCAAAACCACAGUAUGGACCGCCGUUGAAGUUGAACACGCCUCCACUCGCCGGUUUCCCACAGGCAUCGUCUUUGCCAAAUCAUUUGGGACCCGUUAAGCCUGGACAUGGAUCACCCAUUCCUGUUUCCAUCGAGUCUUAUCGACCACGACCAGAGCCACUUCCUCUUCCAGUAAAUCCUGAGUAUGGACCACCUCCUCCCCUUCCACCUCCUCAAUUACCUAUUCAGUAUGAGCUGAGUAGUGUUAAUAUUCACGGACCACCACCUCCACCUCCUGCAGGAGUUCCCGCACCUCCCACUCCACCUGAUAUAAUGUACGACGGAUGGCAACCAAUAGCUGGAGUUGCUAAUCAAAAACAACAAGGAUCAACAUUGAAACAUUAUUCAUCCUCUGAUAGCCAACGUUUGAAAUACGUCGAAGAUACGACGAAUCCGAACGUGCCCAGUGAUUCUUACGGUAUACCUAUUACUAAUCCAGAAGCUCAACAUCUAAAAACUUCUGUUCGUGAAUCUUCUGGUGAUAAAAAUGGAUUGCCUCCACCGGCAUUGCCAAUAUAUGAUGGUGAUCACAGUACGAAUACACACGGAUCAUCCUCGUCGUCGUCGUCGUCGUCCUCUUUCCAUUCUGAUCAUCAUCAACGCGGUCACCAUCAAUCUAACUUAAAAUAUAACAUUGGAAAUUCAAACUCUCUUUCGAUCGUAAAAACUGUGGGUUUUGAGUUAUUACCUAAUACCGAAUCUCAGACUUCGGAUCUUCAAAAUUUGUCUCACGAAAGUAAUUCUGGCGUUUCUUCGUACGAACACUCGUCAGGGUCUUUAAAUGUUGAUUCUGGCUUGAACUCGGGACUUUCAGUGUUACCAUUGCAAGAAUUGGACCAAUCAUCUCAUGACGUUUCAUUAGGAAACGAAGAAUCUCACGGAGUUCAUAAUGUCAAUGAUAUCACUUUGCAACAACUACCGGAACUGCCAUCAGUUAAUUUCGGAAAGGCAAAUGGGAUCAACGGUGGUUCUAUACUUUCGCCACCUACUGAUUCUUACGCAGCACCACCAAUCUCUUCGUACUCACCAGACGGCCCGUAUCCAGCAGCUCAAUCUGGUCGUACUGGACCAACUUUCCCACCGUUUGGACCUUUCGGUGGUUCAUUUCAGAAACAUGGAUUGCAUCAUCACAGAUUUCACGGACAUUUUAGAUUACACGGUCCGCCUUCGUCACCGCCAGGAUCUUUAAUACCACCAAGAAAUCGAGAACCGAUCAAAUUUCGAGAGCCAAUUCCCAUAGGACUGAUAUCCAAUCUUCAUCGUUACCUUCCGUCAUUACCUCCUAUCGAUCUGACAAAGCCACUUAAAUUACACGGCCCUCAUUUAUCGUUCGGCCCUCAAUUACCUAGUUUAAAUGCUCCUCUAUCAUUUCAUCAAUCAUCACAAUCCGAUCCUCCAAUGGCUGCACCCAACGCACAAUAUGGAACUCCAUUGUCUUUCACGGAUUUCAACACGCCAGCUCCGGUUCCAACUUAUGGUGCACCUAAUUUUGGACCAGCAUCAACAUUCGGUUUUACGUCGAACGGCUUUGGGACCAAUCUUUACGACGGGAUAGGAAAUGACCUGAGCAGCAUUUAUGGAACACCCGUCAUAGCAAAUCCACCUUUAGCCGUUACAACUGGUGAUUGUAAUUAUCGGCAAUUCAACAGUGUCGCGAACUUUGAAUUUGACAAGGGUACCGAUCAUUUGUUACCACCUUCUGCUCCUCCAGCAUUACCAAGUUCAACAGGAGUGGAAGAUAAUUCUUUGCUCAAAUCGCCACCAGCUUUACCUCAACUUUCUGAUUCUUUAAGUCCGUAUAUAGCACCACCCGUAAAUACGUUAGAUCUGGAAAAUUACGAGCAACAGAAAGUUGGCUUAAAAGAUAGUUAUGGAAAUCCGAUAGGAGUUUCUUAUGAAUCAACGAAUCAAGCGAUUGAUUCGCAUGGUCAAACAUCAUCAUUAUCAUCAUUAUCUACUUCCUCAUCUUCUAGUCCAUCCCAAAGUUCCUUCUCUUCAGGAUUACCACUGCAUCACCAUGGGGCUUCAGCCGAGGCAUUAACAGCUAGUUUAACGGCUCAAAGUUAUGGCGAGGCUAAAAGUCUAAGCUCAAACGAUGUGGAUGCUAGUCAAUACUUGAAGACUGACGAAGGAAGCCAAGCAUUGGCUUUGGCACAAGGUCUGACGGCUGAUGGACCAAGUGGUUUCCAAAUUCAGGGAUCAAAAGGCACUUAUACUUUACAAAUUCAACCUGCUGACGGUGGAUUAGGAACGGAAAAUUCUGAUGGUAGUAUAAGACACGAUCAGGUUCUUUCCAAUGGCCUUCUUCAAGACAUUAUUGCAGCAAUCGAGCAACCGGAUCAAAGUCGAAUAGAACUUCAAGGUCCACCUCAGGCUCAACCAUUAGAAGAAUUUCGUAAUGAUCACUUGUCUGAACCUAAUAGCCUUUCUCAUCAGAACGGACAUUAUAUUACAAUUCAAAGUAAGGAUAACGAAGAAAUAAAUCAACUUAUCCGAGAAGCCAGCAAAAGAAGUGGUCAAACGUCCAAUAACGACGAAGAAAAUUCAUCUAAAAACGAAGCGGUUGCAUUGUUUUUUAACAAUCAAUACGUUGACAAUACGAGGAAAGAGACGAGAUCUGUUAACAAGGCGGAGAAACAAGGGGAUACUUCGAUGUCUAUCAAGAAUCAAAAAAGUGACAUUAUUUUCGCUAUUACACUUUUGGUUUACAUCGCUGUCGUUUUUACCGAGCCAGUGAUCGAACCCGAGUGCCCAGAAGAUGACGGUCCAAAUGCCACUCUGAUUAAGGAUCCAUAUCACUGCGAUUCAUAUUAUGUUUGCGUUGAAGGCGAACCGAUUUUAAUGAAGUGUCCACCUGGUUUACACUUUCAUGAUAAAUUGAAGACCUGUGAUUAUCCAAGAAAAGCAAAAUGCAAGCCUCUUCCUCCACCUUCCUUUUAA